UAUUUAUAAAAAGCAGCUUCCUGUAUGAAUUAAUAAGAAUCUACAGACAAUUGAGUAGUACGGAUCUCCACAAUGGGUAUCUUUGCAUGUGCUAAAAAAACAAUUACCGAGUACCUCGGUAACAACACUCCAGAGUGGACGUACAAUGAUAUUCCCAACCUGAAAGGAAAGGUUGCUAUUGUUACUGGUGGCAGUAGCGGAAUUGGAUAUGUCUCAGCAUUAGAAUUAGCCCGUAAAGGCGCAAAAGUUUACCUUGCAGGACGUUCCGAGUCCAAAUGCAAUGCGAAGAUCGACUUCAUUAAAGAACAUGUUCCUGAAGCUAAUGUUGUCUUCAUGAAUAUUGAUUUGUUGGACUUUGAUUCCGUUAUUAAGGCUGCAAAGAAAUUCUUGGAGGCUGAAGAUGAAUUACAUUUGCUCAUCAACAAUGCAGGAUGCAUGUUCAACCCCUAUGAGCUCUCCAAAGAUGGCUUUGAACUUAUGAUUCAAACAAAUUACUUAUCUCACUAUUUGCUUACAAUGUACCUUGUGCCCGCUCUCAAACGUGCAGCUUCACAUUCUCCUAGCGGUGAGGUUCGAAUUGUAAACGUUUCUAGUCUUGGACAUUUGUUUGCACCUCGUGAUGGCAUUCACUUUGAAGAUCUUAAUAUGAAGGACGCCUAUUUCGGUGUGUAUGCUCGAUAUGGACAAUCCAAACUUGCAAAUAUUCUUCACAGCUUGGCGCUUGCUAAGCGUCUGGAGGGUUUCGGCAUUCACUCCUUCAGCGUUCACCCUGGUGCAGUUCAUACCGACCUUUAUCGCCAUUCUAGCGCAAGCAUGGAAAACCUGUUGUACAAAGUUGGCUUCUCCAUUUCUCCCGAACGUGGUGCACUUACUCAGGUAUAUGCGGCUACGUGUCCGAAGCUGAACCAAAGCGAAUAUAACGGCAUGUACUUGACAGCUGUUAUUCAAAGAGGCCGCAUUCUUCGCGAUCACAGUACUGCGAUCGUCGAAAAACUCUGGUCCUUUACAUUUGACUUGUUCGUUAAACGUGGUUUACUCCAGCCAGAACAGGCCUUGUAAGUUGCGUACUGAAGUUCUUUCCAUGGUUUCAUGAAAUGUCCUAAUUACACAAAUAGUUACCAAAAUAAACAAUAUUCCUUAAAGUGGGAUACUUUAAACAAUCGCAAUUCUCUUUAAGUUUACUCUAAUUAAUUAUGGUUUUACCUCAAAAUUUAGACAGAGUGUUACUACGUUUGAUCAUCACAAUGACGGCAAUAGCAGAAG